GGUAAUGCCAAAAGAUAACAAAUGAUAGUAUUGUUUUUUAUUUCAUUUAAUUAAUUUACAAGCUAAAAUAAUAUAGAAAAUCAGCCAAUUUUAUAUUCCAAAAGCUAACCGCCGAUCUGAACGGAUUCUCGGCUCCUGUUGUCCAUGCUUAUCUGUCAUUAAUUUAUCCCUCCUUUUCCGUGAUUCCAAUUCUGGAUUUUAUCCAAAUUGCUGUCAAGUUGGAUUUUAUACAGUUGAUUUUGAGUUUUGUAAUUUUAUGGCUGCGAGUGCUAAUCCUUCAGCUCCUGCAAAUAGCAACGUCAGUAACGGCGCUAAUUCCGGCAAUAGUAAGGGCGCUACGUCAGACAAGGCCAACGGCGGCGGGGCGUCGGUGAAGGAGAAUUCGGCGGUAGAGCCCAACCAGAGAGGGCUCCGCCACAAUCCUGGUUUAUCCCUUGAUUGGACCACAGAGGAACAGUCUAAGCUCGAAGAUUUGCUGGCAAAAUAUGCCUCAGAAACAACUGUUGUCCGGUAUGCAAUAAUUGCUAAAGCACUACAAGAUAAGACAGUUCGGGAUGUUGCAUUACGUUGCAGAUGGAUGAGUAAAAAGGAGAAUGGCAAGAGAAGAAAAGAUGAUAAUGGUUCAUCAAGGAAAAAUAAAGACAAAAAGGAUAAAGUUUCAGAUACAUUGCCGAAAUCAUCUCAAGUAGCAAACCGCACCAAUGGUCCUGCCUAUGCUCAGUCAGUGAUGUCAGUUGACAGUGAUGAUGGAAUCCCAUUUAAUGCUAUUGGUGGUGCUGCUGGACAACUUCUUGAGAGUAAUGCGCAGGCCCUGGAUCAAAUUUCUACCAACUUUUCUGCUUGCAAGAUUAAUGAGAACAUCAAUCUCUUUUGUCAAGCUCGAGCUAAUAUCGUUUCAAUCUUAAAUGACUUGGGUGACAUGCCAGAAUCAAUGAAGCAGAUGCCGCCACUUCCUGUCAAGCUAAAUGAGGAGCUAGCCAACUCCAUUCUCCCUCGAACACCCCUUCCUAAGAAAUCUUGAUUGUCUUGCGCCAUCUAAAUAUAGCAACUCUGAGAUGCUGCUAAAAAACAGGGGGCCAUGACUCUAUCUGGUUUGCAGCCAGUCCGCUCUAGUUAGAUGGAAAAUUUGUCGAAGAUUCAGCUACUCGGAGCUUGGCUGGCCUCUCAUGAUCACCAGUUCCUUGUGGUGUUGUUAGGGUUGAAAUUUGUCUGUUUUUGCUUCAGUUUUUUUCAAUCAUCUUAUGUAAGAAAGUUAUAUCAAUUUUGUAUCAUUGCUAGUCUACCCUUUGGUGUAUUUGGUGUCUACUAUGUGUAAUAUAGCGUCUAUUUGUACGUGAGUCUACGUGACCACUUAUUCAUAUGUAAAAUCGAUAGUAAUGUUUUACUACUAUUAGUUUUUCACUAGUAAAAAAUUGAAUCAAUGCUAUUUUGGCCCCUAA